CUACAAAAAAAGUUGACAGCGCAACAAUCAGGCAGUGAAGCUCAACACUAGACAACCCAAGCAAGGGAAGAGAAGAGAGGAGACGACACAAUCACACAAUCCUAAAGAUGGGUGAGAUGGCAGAUCCAAUCCAGUUCAAAGAUGAGGGGAACAAGCAUUUCCAAGCCGGUGAGGUCGACAAGGCCAUUGAGUGUUACACUAAAGCCAUCAAGUUGUGCACGGACAAAAAGGUUCUCGCCGUUGUCUACAGGAACAGAUCAGCCUGUUUUCUGAAAAAGGAAAGCUACACCAAUGCAGCCUCCGAUGCCUCCAAAGCCAUUGACGUUGACGCAGCUGACGUCAAAGCCCUGUUCCGGCGCUGCCAGGCUCUGGAGAAGCUGGGCAAGCUGGACAUGGCCUUUAAAGAUGUCCAGAGGUGUUCCACCAUCGAGCCCAAAAACAAGACCUUCCUGGAGACCCUCAGGAGGCUGGGGGCGGAGAUCCAAGCCAAGCUGAAGACAACCUUCUCCACAGACUCACGGGUUCAGAACAUGUUUGACAUUCUGCUUGAUGAGGAGAUGGACAAGGACAAGAAGGAAAUGGCUGCUAACAACCUGGUGGUUCUGGCCAGAGAAGAAGCUGGCGCAGAGAGAAUCUUCCAGAACAAUGGAGUGCCUCUGCUACUGGAUUUGCUUGAGACCGGAAAAGUAGAGAUGGUCCUGGCCGCUAUCCGCACCUUCGCUGGAAUGUGCACUGGACACAAAGCUCGGGCCAUGGCCAUUAUCCACCUGGUGGGCAUAGACAAGUUGUGCAGCAUCAUGGCCGUCGACAACGAGGACAUUGCCUUGGCAACCUGUGACCUGUUCCAGUGCAUCAAUGACUCCCUCACUGGCGGAGACCGGAGGUUUUAUGGGAAGGAGGAAGCCCUGGUUUUGGAUGCAAGCAAGGACUUGAAGAGCAUCCUGAUGGCCCUGCUGGAGAUGGUUGCCAGUAAGAAGGUUUCAGGACAUGGCAGAGACCAGGCCCUGAACCUGCUGACCAGAAACGUGCCUCGCAAGGACAAGAAAGACCCUGACCACUCCAAGAGCCUCUUUACGAUCGACCAUGGUCUGAAGAAGAUCCUGAAGGUGUGUGGCCAGAUACCUGACCUCCCAGACCAGCUGCCCAUGACAGAGAACACUCAGCUCAUCGCCAGCGUGCUCCUCGACAAGCUCUGGGACGACCUGCGCUGCGACCCCGAGAGAGACAACUAUAGGGAAGUCUGUGACGAGUACAUCAAAGGCAAGUUUGACCCCAACGACAUGGACAGGAACAUCCACGCCAUCAAUGCUCUGUCAGGCCUGCUGCAGGGCCCCUUCGAAGUGGGCAACCAGCUGGUGGGUCGCCAGGGCAUCAUGGAGAUGAUGGUGGCGCUGUGCGGCUCCGAGCGUGAGGUGGACCAGAUGGUCGCAGUGGAAGCACUGAUCCACUCCUCGACCAAGAUGAGCCGCGCCUCCUUCAUCAUCACCAACGGUGUGUCACUGCUCAAAGACAUCUACAAGAAGACGAAGAACGAUAAGAUCAAAAUCCGUGCACUGGUGGGUCUGUGUAAGCUAGGCUCAGCAGGUGGAGAUGACUAUAGUAUGAGGCAGUUUGCUGAAGGCUCCACUGAGAAACUGGCCAAGCAGUGUAGGAAGUGGUUGUGUAACUCUGCCAUGGACACGAGGACCAGGAAGUGGGCUAUAGAAGGUUUGGCCUACUUAACCCAAGACGCUGAUGUAAAAGAUGACUUUGUUGAGGAUGAUCCUGCCAUGAAAGCCAUGUUUGACCUGGCCAAGUCUAAAGAUAAGACCAUCCUGUAUGCUGUGGCCUGUACCCUGGUCAACUGCACCAACAGCUAUGAGAAGAAAGACAUCAUGCCUGAGCUGGUUCAGCUGGCCAAGUUCUCCAAGCAGCACGUCCCUGAGCAGCACCCCAAGGACAAGAAAGAUUUCAUCCAGAAGAGAGUGAAGAGGAUGCUAAAGGGAGGGGUCAUCUCAGCUCUCACUGUCAUGGUGAAAGCUGACAACGUUCUCCUGACUGACCAGACCAAAGAGAUGCUGGCAAGGGUGUUCCUUGCCUUGGCAGAUGAUCCCAAAGACCGUGGCACUAUUUGCGCCCAUGGAGGGGGCAAGGCUCUGAUCCCACUGGCUCUGGAGGGAUCAGCUAUAGGGAAAGUAAGGGCCGCACAUGCCCUGGCCAAGAUCGCUGCUGUCUCCAACCCGGAGAUCGCAUUCCCUGGAGAGAGGAUCUAUGAGGUGGUGCGUCCUCUGGUCAGCCUGUUGCACCCUGAAAGAGACGGGGUGCAGAACUACGAGGCACUUCUGAGUCUCACCAAUUUGGCUGGUCUCAACGACAAACUGAGGGUGAAGAUCCUGAAAGAGAAGGCUCUCCCUGAGAUUGAGCAGUACAUGUUUGAAGACCAUGACCAUAUCAGACAGGCAGCCACAGAGUGCAUGUGCAACCUGGUGACGUGCAAAGAGGUGCAGGAUCGUUACCUGGAGGAUGGGAAUGAUAGACUGAAGCUGCUGGUGCUGAUGUGUGUUGAGGAUAAUGAAAAGCUCCAGAGAGCUGCAGCCGGGGGCCUGGCCAUGCUCACCGCUGCCCAGAAGAAGCUGUGCACCAAGAUGACCCUGGUGACGCUGCAGUGGAUGGAGAUCCUUCAGAGGCUGAUUCUCCAUGAUCAGCCCCAGAUCCAGCACAGAGGCCUUGUGAUCGUGUACAACAUGCUGAACUCAGACGACAACGAGCUGGCCAAGAAGCUGAUGGAGAGCGAGAUCCUGGAGAUCCUGACAGUGAUUGGCAAAGCAAUGGACAACCCCAAGAGGCAGAUUGUGAUCGAUGUGGCACGCACAUGCCUGGUCAAGGCCAUGGACCUCGGCCUCAUCAAGCCCUUCACAACCCCUUAAAGCAGUGUUCCUCAACCUUUUUGUAGUACCAGGGACUGGCAUGCAUUGGUCCUACCCCCUCAAAGGCGCAACACCAAGUUAUUUGUCUCUUAUUUGGCGGGUACACCUGCAGAUGCCCAUACCGCCUCACUACCCUCAGUCCCCCCAAAGUGUCAGGCUAACACUUGUCACAGGACAUUGAACUUGCAGAUUGUACCUAAAAUUACAACUUGAGAGCUAAUUACAGUAACUUGUUUAUGGACUGAUGAGAUUCAUUCCACAGAUCGAGGUCCAGAGAUUUAAGGUUGUAGGCCUAUGGACAGGGAGGCAAGGUGAUAGGACCGAUCCACCUGAGCAAUUAAGGCAGGGUCUGCUCUCCUGAAUUCAGAGACCAUACAAAUAUAUUUAUCUGAGUUUUCAGUUAGUUAAGUAAAGUGUAUUUGUGUUGAUGAGAGGUGUUUGUUUAAUGUAAUUUUUCACUUAAGGAUAAAGAUUGGAUUUUUAGGAAAA